CGCAUUUCACAACAUAUUUUUACAAGCACUAUAUAUAUUUUUAAUAGCACACUAUAUUCAUUUAACACACAUAGAGUCGUAUUUUUCAGCAGGAGAAUUAUUGUCCGCUUUGGGGUCCUAAUUUUCAAAACAAUCGAAAUGGCGGCGUGUGUAAGAUGGAGUCUAUUGCGCUUCAUGCGGUCAAAUCAUUUGAGAUUGCCUGUAAAUGACGGAAAUCAGUGCUAUUCAAUGUGGGCUGCCCACAGAGUUCAGUCUCAACAGUAUGAAUGUAAACCAUUCUCAGCCCUGAGGACUUUUCCCAUUGCAGUACGAAAGCUUUCCAUUUUAACUCAAGACACACCAAACCCCAGAAGUCUCAAGUUUCUUCCUGGUAAGCCUGUGCUGGGGACGGGGACUCGAGAUUUCCCAACAUCAAACUCAGCAGAAAGUUCCCCUUUAGCCAAGGAUCUUUUCCAAAUUGAAGGCAUAAAAAGUGUCUUUUAUGGUCCAGAUUUUAUCACACUGACUAAGACAGAUGAUGAUGUUGAAUGGACAGAGAUCAAGAGACAUGCGAUUGAGGUCAUUACUAAGUUCUUUGAGAGUGGCGAGGCCAUCACAACAGGAGCAACACACGCUGAGAGCAGUGUUACAGAAGAUGAUGAUGAAAUUGUCCUGAUGAUUAAGGAGCUUUUAGACACACGGAUCAGACCCACAGUUCAAGAAGAUGGUGGUGAUGUCAUAUUCAAAGGCUUUGAGGAUGGCACAGUGAAGCUGAAGCUGGUUGGCUCCUGCACGGGCUGUCCCAGCUCCACAGUUACCCUAAGAAAUGGCAUCCAGAACAUGCUGCAGUUUUACAUACCUGAGGUGGACAAGGUAGAACAGGUUGAGGAUGAAGUGGAUGAAGUCAACAUGAAGGUGUUUACUGAACUGGAGAAGAAGCUGCAAGACUCGUAGCAUGAGAUCCGGCUUUGCUGUCCACAUAUUUAAAUUUGCUAUUGUUGUGUCAUAAUUAUUGUGGGAUUCAGGCACUCCGUAAGGAUACUGUAUAUUGAGGUUCAGAAUCUAGAAUAUGAUGUAAUAUUUAACCAAGCUCAAAGUCGUAAGUUGUUCUGUUUUUAAUAUAAUAGUGCAAUAUUGUGAUUGCAAGUACACGAAAACUGAGCUUUGCACUUUUCCAUAGCUUUACAUGUUCUAGAUGGCACAAGGAUUUGUUACUUGCCUGAGAGAAAAGGUUAAAUUGAAGACGGUUAUGCUUUUAUGCUUUUAUUCGCUAUGUUUAUUAAACGCUGCAGUUUCACCUAGAUGUCUGGUGAAUGCAGUGAUUAAGUGGGAGUUCUUUUAUAGCAUGAAUACAGUGUUGUGAUGCUGAUACAAUCUUAAACCUGAAAUGACCACUUGAAGUAAUGCAGAUCUUCCACAGCUUAAAGAGUCUGUGAGAUCAGUUGUGAAAGUCUGUAUUCAUAAACAUCUACAGCUGCCAUCCAGCAGUUCUGGAGGACCUAUAAUGAAAUAAAACAGUGUAUAAAUUAA